UGAUUGGAGUUCGGAAUCCGAGUUAGAGCUUCAGGAGAUGUUAUUGGGUCUGGCAUCUUCUGACGAAUUCAAGAAGAACACGAGAAUCAUGAAAGAAAUGAUCAAUGAUGUGAUCAGCAAGGUAAACAAGCCACUCAGUAAAGGCGAGGUCUUGUGGCGCUUGAUGAUACAGCUCGACCUUGAUGUUGGUCGUGAUUGUUCUAGGAUUUUUGCUAUAGGGACGCAUGUUGCUUGGCCUACACGUUGGGUAGUGAUGAAAAAUGAGAAGCCUCAAAGGAAGAAAAGUAUUGCAAAAAGAAGUAAUCCUGUCUUGCCAUCAAAUGUGCCACGGUCAUUACAUUUAUUGUACUGUUACUCUAUGCGUGUUUUGGACAGCCCUGAAAAAACUAUAUCAAUUAUUUUUUAUCAUGAUUUCUUUGACCAUGAGUACGAACUUCUAGUGAACAUUGAAGAUAUCACAUCUUUUUAUGAGUUGGAGUCAAUAUCUGCUAAUUGUCUGGUUGCUUACAUGUGGUCGGACAAUACGUGA